UGACACUUUACUGACAUUGACAGUGCCUGAUCUCAAAGUAGGACGAGCACGGCUCACGGCUGAUUAAUACAAUAAUAUAAUACAACAAAAUUAACUUCCUCGGACGGUUUGGUUGAGUGAGCCAUCUAUUUUCUCGUUUCUGUUUGUUUGUAUGUUUCUAAAAAUUCAAAGUAUAAAUCAUCUAUUUGGUUUGUUUCAUUUCGACGUACAAGUAUUCAAUAAAAGCAAUUUUUCCCAAUGUUUUGUAUUUUCCCAAAUACAAACACUUGGUGAGAUUGCAUUUAAUAAAUAUUUUAUUAGUUACAUUAACGUCACAUAGGCAAUUAAUUGUGUGUAGAAUUUGGUCAGACGCGUCUGGCUGGUAUCCGACAUGAAGUUCGAGGAGACAGCGCUGCAGCGGGAUUGGGAGAUCAGUAAGGAGCAAUCGUGUGUUGACGUGGCGGACGAUGACGCAACACCAUCGGAUGCGGCUCUGGGCGCGCUGCUGGAGGACGCGGAGCCGAGCGACGCCGACGCCGAGCGGCGCGUGCGGCGCCUCGGCAGCCGCCUGGCGCGCCUCGACGCGCUCAACGUGGCCGGCAUGCUGGCCGCCGCCACCGAGAGCGGCGGCGCCGGGGCCGCGCUAGCCGAGCGCCUGGGCGACGGCCUGGGCGCGGGCGCGGCGCUGGCGGCGCGGCUGCGGCGCUACGACGCGCUGGCCCGCGCCGCGCCCGCCGCCCCCCACGCGCGCUCCGACGCCGCGCGCGCCGACACCAACGCGCGCCGCCUGCUGGCCGAACUGGCGGCGCUGUUCGCGUGGCUGGACGCGGCGCCGCUGCGCGAGCUGGACGCGCUGGCCGAGGUGUCGCUGGCGGCGCCCGAGGGCCGCGCGCGCGCGCUGGCGGCGGCCGAGGCGCUGCGGGCGGCGCUGCGGGCCGAGGCCGCAGCGCCCGCCGCGCUGCGCCGCCUGGCCGCCGUGCGCGAGCGCCUGCGCCGCCUAGCACGCGCCAAGGACCAGCUGGCGGCGGCGCUGGCGCGGCACCUGAACAACGCGCUCAUCCACCUCGGCAACGAGGCGGGCGAGGCGCGCGCGUCCCGCCACCACGCCGAGCUGCUGCCCUACGCGCCCUUCAUGCGCUGGCUCAAGGACAUGGACGACAAGGCGUUCGAGGGGCUGGCGCGCGUGUACACCGGCACGUGGGCGCGGCGGCACGAGCGCGAGCUGCGCGCCGCCUGCGAUGCCGCCCGCGCCGCGCUGGCGCAGGCGCCGCCCGACCGCGCCGACGAGCCGCUCGACGCCGUGCUGAGUCUGGUGGAGAGCAUGUGCAACGCGGAACAAGAUUUUUGUACGCAAUUCUUUUUCUUGGACAUAGACGUCAAGGGCGAGGCGGGCGAGGCGGAGGCGGAGCGCGGGGAGGCGCGGCGCGCGGGCGCGGAGACGCGGCGCUUCAUGUGCGAGCUGUUCCCCGCGCUCGAGAGCGAGCUGGUGGCGCUGGUAGCGCACGUGGAGCGGCACGACCCCUACGGCGCGAUGCGGGCGCUGGCGUGCGUGGGGCGGCGCGUGCUGGGCGCGGCGGAGGGAGGCGCGGGGGGCGGUGCGGGCGCGGGGGGCGAGGCGCGCUGGGCGCGGGCGGCGCUGGCGGGCGUGGCCGUGGCGGCCAAGCGCGGCGCCGACCGCUGCGUGGCCGACCGACUCGCCGCACUGCCGGACGCCGUCAAGCAGGCCGCUAAGAAGCCCAAGUGCGGCCUGCUGAGCUUCCUGCAGGAGCUGGAGGAGCUGAGCGGCGCGUGCGAGCGCAUCUUCGUGUCGAGCGGGCGGCGCGCCGACCUGGACCGCUGGUACGUGUCGCUGGCCAGCGCCAUGCUGCAGGCCGUGCAGCACGCCGAGCACCCGCGCACCCCGCGAGCCGUGCUGCACAUGGAGAACUACCACCGGCUGCACGUGGUGCUGUCGGCGCUGCGCGUGCCGGCGCUGGAGGCGCUGCGGCGCGAGUGCCGCCACACACACACACACACACACACGCACACACAGACACACACACUGCGUGUUACAGAGAACUACCACCGGCUGCACGUGGUGCUGUCGGCGCUGCGCGUGCCGGCGCUGGAGGCGCUGCGGCGCGAGUGCCGCCACACACACACACACACACACGCACACACAGACACACACACUGCGUGUUACAGAGAACUACCACCGGCUGCACGCGGUGCUGUCGGCGCUGCGCGUGCCGGCGCUGGAGGCGCUGCGGCGCGAGUGCCGCCACACACACACACACACGCACACACAGACACACACACUGCGUGUUACAGAGAACUACCACCGGCUGCACGCGGUGCUGUCGGCGCUGCGCGUGCCGGCGCUGGAGGCGCUGCGGCGCGAGUGUCGCACUCGCUACUCGGACGCGCUGCGGGCGUACGUCACGCAGUACUUCGGCCGCCCGCUAGAGAAACUCACGCAGUUCUUCGAGGGCGUGUCGGAGGCGGUGGCGCAGGGCGUCCGCGAGGACGAGGUGUGCUACCGCGCCGCCUUCAGCAAGCACGAGCUGCGGCGCGUGCUCGCCAUGUACCCCGCGCACGAGGUGCGCAAGUCGCUGCACCGGCUGUACCGCACCGUGGAGAAGCACCUGAGCGAGGAGGGCGGGCUGCUGCAGGUGGUGUGGCGCGCCAUGCAGGAGGAGUUCAUCGCGCAGCACGUGGCGCUGCAGGCGCGCAUCGCCGCCUGCUACCCCGCCGCCGGCCUGGCGCUGCCGCUCACCACGCAGCACAUCCUCGACGCCUUCUCCGACAUCGCGCGCGAGCACUGAGCCGCACAACACACUACCCCAGUACUUAGCCCUAUUUAUUGCGACCCUGUUUGUUUACAUUGUAUUUGGCUGCAGACAAUUUUCACCCGUGCGCGAUAAUGCCAAAGAGGAUAUUCCUCACGUUUGUUCUUGUAUCUAUAGGCAAUUGUAUACCUAAGUAUUAUAAAUGCAUAAUAAAAUAUUUUAUAUUUGCUAACGUUA